AUGGCCGCUACUUACGGGACACUGACUUUUCUUGAACGAGAAUCAUGGCCGUCUCACGAACGCCCUUAUGAACUUCUUUACAAGCCAUCAGACGGCAAUUUUCCAGUCUGCAACUACAAUGUAGUACAGGUUCCUGAUGUGCCUAUCCACGACUUGCGUCCUUUGAAAAAUACGUUGUCUCUCGAUCGUGAGGGCUUCCUGGUCUCUGAUCUCAACACGACGAUGCAGUAUGAUGAUUACUUUGACCAAGAAAAGUUGAAGAUGAAGUACAUGCCGGAGAUUAAAGCGUAUCUCAAGAAGGCUUUGGGCGUCCGGUCAGCAUUCGUAGGUCUGGUGAUGGCGAAAGUGGACAUUCAGGCAGCUUUGGGCAACCUAUCCCAAACGUUCACACUGGUUAGUAGAAUGGGGAUUCGUAAUACUGGUAUUGACUAUUCAGAUUACACUCAUGACUACGCGUUGGAGCUGAUCGAACAGCUUACUGGAGACAGAGCUCAAGCUCAAACAAUAAAGGAGUCGCGGAUUCAGAUGCUGAAGUGCGUUACUCGAACCUGGCAAGGAAACACAGAAAAGCUGACAGGCGUUAGUAUAUGGAAACCUCUUCGAGGACCUCUAAAGAGCUGGCCGUUGGCCCUCUGUGAUCUUCAGACCCUGAAUCGGAAUGAUGUUACAGCCUUCGAUGAGGUACACGCGAAGGCGGUCCUGGAAUCACAACAAGUCGUCUACAACCCGUCUCAGAAGUGGUACUACCUACCAGAUCAACAACACAACGAGAUCAUUGUGUUUAAGUCAAUGGACAGUGUUGCAAGAGGUGAAGGUUUGGCUCGCCCACAAAUCUUAAUGAUUAAGGACAUGGACUGA